UCAACGAAAUCCCACACACUGAUCUCUCAAAACAUGGCUGAAGUUAAGCUGCUAGGAAACUGGUCUAGUCCUUUCAGUUAUAGAGUCAUAUGGGGUCUAAAACUUAAGGGCAUACCAUACGAGUACCUUGAAGAAGAUCUUUCCAACAAAAGCCCCUUGCUUCUUCAAUGCAACCCAGUCCACAAAAAGAUUCCAGUUCUCAUCCAUGGGGGAAAAUCAAUUUGCGAAUCCAUGGUAAUUCUAGAAUACAUGGAAGAGACCUGGCCCCAAAUUCCGCUGAUGCCCGAUGAUCCUUAUGAGAGAGCUAUAGCCAGGUUUUGGGUUAAAUUUGUUGAUGAUACGGGUUUUGCGGUUUGGAUUAUGUUCCAUAGCAGCGGAGAAGAGCAUGAAAAGGCAGUGAAGGACAGCUUGGAAAUGCUAAAAACCAUUGAAGAACAUGCUCUGGGAAAGAAGAGAUUUUUCUGCGGAGACAAGAUUAGCUUGGUGGACAUAGCCUGUGGCUGGAUUUCCCAGUGGUUGGAAGUCUUGGAAGAAGUGGCAGGAAUAAAACUGAUUGAACCUCAGAAAUUUCCUCGCCUGCAUACAUGGAUAAAAAAUUUCAAGGACGAGCCCAUAAUCAAGGAAAAUCUGCCAGGGCAUGACGAGAUGCUGGUCUACUUUAAAACUCUCGGAGGAAGGGCAUCAUCACGCUAAUUUAUCCAGCAUGUUAGGAUACUGGCAUGCGAACCCGACAAGACAAAAGGCAAGGAAUAAGAUAAAAUGAGAAAUGAGACACACAAGAAUUUACGUGGUUCACCCAAUUGGGCUACGUCCACAGGCAAGUAUAGAAGGAUUUUACUAAGUAAUGUGGGAAUUACAACCUCUCUCAAAUAAUAGGAGAACAACUAAGAAUCUCUCUAUUAUUAGGAGAAAACACCUCACUUACUCUCUUACAAAUACCUCACAAUUUUGUGGGAUUACUCUC